AUGCGUUCGUUUGUGAAGGCCAACGUUGAUUUCUCCUCUGCAGAGAGAAAGGAGGACUAUAUACACUCUCUGCCAGAGUUGGUUGACUUCAAUGCUGUUCAAAACCCCAAUCACCUUCUUUGCAUCCAGGCCCGAUCAAACGCGCCAUGGGUCAAAAUCACCAAUGCUCAAUUCAAGGUCGCGAUUGACCAAUGCGCCACAUGGAUUGCGGAAAACGUCAAGCUGCCCAAGGCCAGGACAAAGCAUGAUCUUACAGGGAGACUGCCGGUUGCUCUGCUGAUGGAGAGUGACUUUGGUCUCCUGGUGCACCAGUUCGCUCUUGUGUCUAUGGGCAUUCCCCCACUUGUCCUCUCCGCUCGUCUGAGUCCUGAAGCCAUCUUCCACCUCCUGCGAAGUACUGAAGCUUCAUCUCUCAUUGUUUCUCAAAGGGUCGCCAUGAUCACCAAAGGAGCUUUCGGGAAUGUCAAGACCAGUGACUUUCAUGUUGCUCAGCCGUACAGCACUUUCUGCAAUGUCCCGGCAGACAAAAGCGUCAGGAAGCAGUCGGUUUACCCGGAUAACAUUGACGCCAACAUUGUGCUUCUGCACUCCUCUGGAACUACAGGCCUUCCGAAGCCAAUCGCUCUGAGCCACAGACAGCUCAUGUUUUCCGUCAGUCACGGUGACUUCGAAACAGAAGAGGAGGCUCAAGGAAUUGUCAUCUCUACAUUGCCCCUGUUCCAUGGCUUCGGGCUUCUUGCACCAGGACUCUCGAUGGCUAUUGGAAAGACAGUGUGCUUUCCCGCCUCGGACGAAGUUCCCGAUGCUCAAUCAAUUGUCGAUCUUAUCAACAUGUCUGGCGCAACUGGCAUGCUGACUGUGCCUUUCCUUCUCGAAAACAUGGCUGCUCUGCCGAACGGAACCGGUCUGAGGGCUCUGGCCAAAUUGGACUUUGUUGGAACCGGAGGAAGUGCUCUGAGUGCUGACUUCGGAGUAUCUGCGUCAGCUGCGGGCGUCAAGCUACUGAACCUCUACGGGACAACUGAAACGGGCCCGUUGACGAAGACAUUUGCGCCUAAAUCGGGUUACGACUGGAAAUACUUCAGACUCCGACAGGAUAUGCUGUUCAAGGUCACGGAGCUCCCCCCAGUUGACGGCGAGAAAAGGUUCAGGCUGACGGUAUUCCCAUUUGGUGCCGAUAAGCCAUUCGAGAUUGCCGAUCAACUCAUUCGAAGCGAGAAGUUCCCCGAGACGGAUUUUGCCGCUGUCGGACGCGACGACGAUGUCGUUGUUCUUGCAACUGGCGAGAAGGUCAACCCAUUAUUAUUGGAAACCGCCCUGACUGAUUCUGGACUGGUCAAAUCAGCGAUUGUAUUUGGCGAGAACCAGUUCCAGAUAGGUGUCGUCGUCGAGCCUGCAACUCCUCUAAAUCCCGACCAGAAGGAGGAAUUCAGGAAAAAGAUUUGGCCUAUCAUUGUACGCGUAGGAGAACGCAUGGACACCACCGCGAGAAUCUACUCGCCCAAUGCCGUGAUUGUCGUUCCGUCAUCCGUCACAAUCCCGAGAACCGACAAAGGAUCAAUUGCUCGAAAAGAGGUCUUCCAACUGCUCGAAAAGGAAAUUUCACAGGUUUAUGAGGACCUCGAGAACGGCUCCAUUGAAGAAACACCACUCGACUACGAUAAACUCGAGCAAGAACUCAAGGGACUGAUUCAGAAAAGACUCAAACUGAGAGUCCAUCCUGGGAAAUGGACAGUUGAUGACAACUUGUUUCAUCUGGGCCUCGACUCUCUACAAGCCACAACGCUGCGACGCAUCCUUCUUUCAGCUGCUUCAAAAACGCCUCCAGACGUCAUUGGGAAAGAUUUUAUCUAUGUAAAUCCCUCCGUCAAAGCCAUCGCAAACGCUCUGAGACCCGCCAACGGCCCCAUUGGCACGGAGAGCGCAUCGGUUGCACAGGAAGUAGAUGAUUAUGCCCAGCAGUAUUCCAUCAAGGGCUUUGAAGUGCAAGAUAUAGUGCCAAAAGCUUCUCCCAAGCUUAUCCGGGGAGCAGUGGUGCUUCUGACAGGCAGCUCAGGUGGCCUGGGAUCCCACGCGCUGGGGAAACUUGCCGAGUCCACCCAAGUUGCCAAGAUCGUCUGCUUGCAACGAAAGCGGCCAGGCACCGUCAUCAACCCCAUUCCAGGGGCAGCCAAGGUCGACAGAGCCUCUAUUGAAGCCAAGGGCAUUAAAUUGACCGACGAUCAAUGGGCAAAGAUUACGGCGCUAGAAAUUGAUCCAACCAUAGACAACUUGGGGCUUCCUGCGAUGGUCAUGGGCAUGGUGUCGAAGACGGUCACCCAUAUCUUGCACGCAGCUUGGCCCAUGGAUUUCCACAUGCGGCUGCCAUCCUUCGGCUACCAGUUUUCAUAUCUCAAGAAUCUUUUGAGAAUCGCUGUUCAAGCGCCGCAAAAGGUCCGUUUUCUCUUUGUCUCGUCCAUUUCCGCCCUCGCCAAGCUAGGGCUCAUCACUCCUGGAAGACCCAUCCCAGAAGAGCCCCUGGAUGUGGAAAGCGCCGCCUGUGGCAUCGGAUACGCCGAUGCAAAGUUGGUUUGUGAGAAGAUUCUCGAAGAGGCAGCCUCACUCUACAAUAGCAAUGUGGAGGUAGUAAUCGCCCGAUGCGGACAGCUGAGUGGCGCUCGGAAGACGGGAGCGUGGAACGUCAGUGAGCAGAUUCCUAUGCUUAUCCGCACCUCUCAGGGCCUAGGAAUUCUGCCCAUAUUGGAAGGAACUGUUUCCUGGAUCCCGGUAGAUGAUGCUGCAGCAACGGUGGCAGAACUUCUAUUCGCGCCAGACGCUCCAGGCCUGGUCACGCACGUAGAGAACCCGGUCAGACAGUCCUGGUCCGAGGUCUUUCAGAUCAUCGGUAACGAGCUCCGCAUCACAAAGACGCUCUCCUUUGACGACUGGCUGGGGGAGGUCACAUCAACGGCCGAAAGGGACGUCGAGGAUUAUCCCGUAAGGAAGCUGUACGAGUUCUUCAAGCUUUAUUUCCGUAUCGCGUCUUCAGGGGCAGUUGUCAUGGGGACUGAUAUGAGCCGCAAGAACUCAGCUACACUACGUUGUCUCAAGGCCCUGGACAGAGGAACCAUUGCUGGAUAUGUUAGGUACUGGAGAUCGGUAGGCUAUCUGAGGCAGUGA